CGCCUCCAACCGCCGCCGCGGAGCCGCCACCGCGGAGCGGCCGCAGAUACAACAAUGGCACUGAAGGUUCAGAUUCUCUUUGGCUUCCUUUGCUGCAUGAUUUUUCUGCCUACAGAUGGCUUCCCAGCGGACACCAGUAUGGAAUUUCGCUCUGCUUUCUCUGUGGCCAGAACCAGCAGCAUGGAAGGCAGCUCCGAGAUGGUCAUUACCUUCGACAAAGUGUAUGUGAACAUUGGCAAUGACUUUGAUCCCAAGUCCGGAUUAUUCCACUGUCGGAUCCCUGGAGCCUACUACUUCUCCUUCACUGUUGGGAAAUACCCAAAGAAGAAUUUGUCGGUCAUGCUGAUGAGAAACAAGAAUGAGGUGCAAGUGAUUGUGUAUGAUGAGCAUCACCGCAAGGAACGGAAGGUAGCAAGUCAGAGCGCUAUGCUGCAGCUUGACUACGGUGACACUGUUUGGCUACGUUUACAUGGAGAUCCCAAGUAUGCUCUUUACAGCAAUGUGGGCCCCUAUACAACUUUCAAUGGCUACCUAAUCUACCCAGACACUUCAGCCUUCUUCCAGAAUGCUCUUAGCUCUCAAGAAGUGGGGCCACACCAUCACACUAUUCAGCAGCUUCCCAGGGAGCAGAAUGAAGUUUCACAGCCACACAUGUUAUCUGAUCAACCAAGCAGGGAGCAAGACCCCCGCUCUGCAUUCUCUGUUGCCCGCUCACAGAGUCUCCUGGGGACAGAUGACAAGCAAACCCAGCAUGAGCCCAUCACAUUUGACACGGAGUUUGUGAACAUUGGGAAAGAUUUCAAUUCCUCCACUGGCAUCUUCUCAUGCCGUAUACCUGGUGCAUACUAUUUCUCCUUCACCAUCGGCAAAAUGCCCUUUAAGACUAUGUCAGUGAAACUUAUGAAGAACCACAAUGAGGUGCAGGCCAUGAUCUAUGAUGACAACCACUCCAAGAGGCGCGAGAUGCAGAGCCAGAGUAUUAUGCUGCCACUGCAAUAUGGGGACACUGUUUGGCUCUACAGCCACCAGCAUGACGGCUAUGGUGCCUACAGCAACCAUGGCAAAUACAUCACCUUCACGGGCUUCCUGAUCUAUUCAGAGGCUCAGCCAAAGCAUCUUCCAGGUGUCAGUUCAAAUAAUUAAGGGUCAAAUAAUUAAUUACAGAUGUGAAAGGAGCACAAAAAAAGCCAAGGUGCCAUGAACUUGGGUAUAGCUCCUCUUCAAUUAUUGUCCUGUACUUUGAGCAUGCUAUCAUGUGUCCAGUGCUUUCCUUAUGCUGCACGCUUGUGCCCUCUCUGCAGGGUCACUACUGUGUCUGCCAUUCAUCCACAGAGAGGUCUUUAUAGUUUGUAUGUGUGUGUCCCGUGUCAGUGUUUGAUUUAAGCAUAAAGCAUGAGGUAGUCUUCUGGGGCAGGGGUGGGCCAGUGUAGUGACAUGCCAAGGAUCAAAGAACCACUGCAGUAAUGUUCCUGCAGAUCCCCAGCAUCCAGAAAGCAAAGGAUACGGUGACUUCCUUGCAUAUCUGGGGAGGGAAUAGAUGUAAUGAAAAUGAAUGUAAUAAAAAUACAAAAUAUGUAAAAUUU